AAGUACGUGUCACUCGAAUAUAUGCUACAUGCCCAACAUAACACAACAAACAAAUCACACAAGACACGACCAAAACCAAGUCUAAUUUGAUAAUUUCCAACCACUAAUUCCACACAAAUUUAUUCACAAUCCAUAAAAUACACUCUCACAAAAAACACACUCAACUCAAUCAACAACAACAUCAUCACCAACAAAAAAAUGGAGUCAAUUGGAGUACUAUUAGCAUGCCCAAUGAACACCUACCUUGAAGAAGAACUCACCAAACGCUACAAUCUCUUCCACUUCUCCAACUUUCCAGACCGAACCCAGUUCCUCUCUCAACACGCCAACUCCAUUCGCGCCGUCGUCGGUAACGCUUUCGCCGGCGCCGACGCCUCCCUUAUCGACGCUUUGCCGAAGCUUGAAAUUGUGUCGAGUUUUAGCGUCGGACUUGAUAAAAUUGAUCUGGGUAAAUGCAAAGAAAGAGGAAUCAAGGUUACUAAUACCCCUGAUGUUUUGACUGAUGAUGUUGCAGAUUUGGCGAUUGGGCUUAUGCUUGCUGUUUUACGGAGGAUUCCUCAGUGUGAUCUUUAUGUUCGUAAUGGGUUGUGGAAGAAAGGGGAUUUUCGAUUGACUACUAGGUUCAGUGGCAAAAGGGUUGGAAUUAUAGGUUUGGGUAGGAUUGGUGCUGCAGUUGCCAAGAGAGCUGAAGCAUUUGACUGUCCAAUUUCUUAUUACUCAAGAUCUAAGAAGGCUGAUUCAAACUAUACUUAUUAUCCCAGUGUCAUCGAGCUUGUCUCCAAUUGCGACAUACUGGUAGUUGCUUGUGCCUUAACUGAAGAAACACGACAUAUUGUCAACCGUGAAGUACUAGACGCCUUGGGGCCUAAAGGUGUUCUGAUCAACAUUGGAAGGGGCCCUCAUGUUGACGAACCAGAGCUAGUAAAAGCACUUUCUGAUGGCCGGCUAGGUGGAGCUGGGCUUGAUGUCUUUGCAAAUGAACCUCAUGUUCCUGAAGAGUUGUUCAAGCUUGACAAUGUAGUACUCUUGCCUCAUGUUGCAAGUGGGACUGAGGAGACUCGUACUGACAUGGCUAAUCUUGUUCUUGGGAACUUGGAGGCUCACUUCAAUGGAAAACCGCUGUUGACUCCAGUUGUUGAAGUCUUCUCUAAUCACUCCUUUUCUCUCACAUCUCUCUACUCUUUACAAAUGGAGAAGAAAGGCGUACUAAUGACCUCUCCAAUGUUGCCUUACUUAGAACACGAACUCAAUUCCCGCUUCACCCUCUUCAAAAUCUGGGAAAACCCUUGUUCAACCCAACAAUUUCUCAAACAAAACUCAAACUCAAUCCACGCAUUUGUAAGUAAUGCAGCAAAUGGUGCCAACGCAGAUUUGAUCGAAUCCCUCCCCAAUUUAGAGAUUAUCGCAAGCUACAGUGUUGGGUUUGAUAAAAUUGAUCUGGGUUUGUGUAAGAAGAAAGAAAUUAAGGUUACUAAUACCCCUGAUGUUCUUACUGAUGAUGUUGCUGAUUUGGCUAUUGGGUUGAUUUUGAGCACUCUUAGAAGGGUUUGUGUUGCUGAUGCUUUUGUCAGAAAUGGGUGUUGGAAGGAUUCUGAUCUUCCUUUGUCUACUAAGUUCACUGGUAAAUCAGUGGGAAUUCUUGGAUUAGGCAGGAUUGGCUCUGCUAUUGCAAAGAGAGCAGGAGCAUUUGGAUGCCAAGUUAGUUACUGCUCCAGGUCUAAGAAACCUGAUGUGCAGUACAAAUACUAUGAAAAGGUUGUUGACUUGGCAGCUAACUGUGAAAUUCUUGUCAUUUCAUGCUCCCUAACUGAAGAAACCCGUCAUAUCAUCAACCGUGAUGUCAUUGAUGCACUGGGUCCAAAGAGUAUCCUCAUAAACAUUGGAAGAGGUGCUCAUGUUGUUGAAGCUGAGCUUGUAUCUGCUCUACUCGAAGGUAGAUUAGGUGGUGCAGGGCUUGAUGUUUUUGAGAAUGAGCCAAACGUUCCAGAAGAACUGUUGAAGCUUGAUAACGUGGUGAUGUUAUCUCAUGUUGGAAGUGACACUGUUGAAACUUGCAAAGCCAUGGCUGAUCUUGUGAUCAGAAAUCUGGAGGCACAUUUCCAAAAAGAGCCAUUGUUGACUCCAGUUAUUUAACAUUAUCUGAACUCUGAAGGCAUCGAAGACUUCGGAAUUUGGACCAUUGAGAUCAAUGCAAUCUGUCUUAUCGCCACAUUACCUAUGAAAUGGCUCUGCUCACCUGAGAUUCUGGUAAUUCUCUGGUUUUUCACUUAGAUGCUUCGUAUUGCUCUCUGUAUUAUUUUGUCAGCUGUCUCUCAUCUUUGCAGUAUUCUGAGGCGAUGAAAGGCAUCUAUGAUUUUCAUACAUGUACACAAGAUCCACCUUUUUCUUACAUAAAAAUUAUCAUUUACCAUAGCACAGUUGAUUUUGCAAUCUCCUGUAGUUUAGGAUUUAGCUUCUUGUCUAAACCUCUUAGAUAGUCAGAUGACAUAUUGUUGAUCUGAUUCUGGAUGUACAAAGUUGCAUCAAAACUUCAUUAUUCAGUGAUUCAACUUUGUUUUCCUUAAAGCUAUUGCAAGUAGUAAUUUUAUAA